GCAAAUCACAAAAUAUAAAGUUGCCAUGGUAGGAUAUUCAGGCAGUUCCCAUGCGGAUGGGACUUCACGAAUAGAUGGUGAACGCGACCCCAAACGACAUAUAAAGGAAGCACAACGAAUCGACAAAACGAACGAACCAUCGCACACUACAUACUCCAAUAAUAUGGCAAACAAUACCAUGGACGAAGGAUAUAUCGCAAAUGAUACUUCAAUAACAUCACUCGUAAGGAAUGUUGUGCGUCUCUACGUUGGAGAUUGUAAAAUCCGUCCAAAUCCGUUUACUUCUAAUUUUGAAACAAAGUUAGAGAACAAAAGGAUACCUGCCACGAAUCGCCUACACCUCAGCGGCGUUGAUGUUACUGCUCUCGUCAAUUUCUCGCUGGAAAGAGUACCAGAGGGGAAAAGGCAAGAAUUACUCGAACUCAGAAAAGUAUUAGCUGAAUCAGAUUCUCAAAGUAUUAAUGUAUUAGUAAAAAGCGUAUGUGCUAUCAUAGGAUAUCAGCAACUCCUGACACCGGAAGCGAGGAAGAAUUUCAACGAUGAGCAUUUACAAGACUGGAUCAAAUCACAUGAUGCUGAAGUUUUCAUGGACAAAAACUAUGAAAGAAUAUAUAUCAGAUGGAAGAACUUCCUUAAGAGGCAAACACCCCUGGGAACGAAUCUGUGCGACUAUUUUUGCGGAGAUUUCCUUAAAUCGCUCCUGAUAAUCAAUGCUGAUAGAUUGCGAUCAGAGCUUGAAAAAACCGUCUUUAAAUACCAUCCUGAUAUGAUUAUAACAUUGCUUUGCAAAGAAUGUGGUCUUACAGAUGAACAGGCAAAAACAAUAGGUACCAUGAGCAGUGCUGAUGGAUACCAACUGCAAUCUGUCCUUCCCUCUGAAACGGGUUUAGGUUUCCUUCACAGGGAUGCUGGCGGUGCCAAAGAGGAGGAUCUAGGUAUCAUAUCAUUUGAUUGUAUCACCAACGACAGAGAACCUGGGCAUUUGAUAAAAUUAGUUACGGUUAAAAACAUAUUUUCGAGACAGUUACCUAAAAUGCCUAGAGAAUAUAUUGUGAGAUUGGUAUUUGAUAGGAAUCAUUAUACUUUUUGUUUACUAAAGAAAGGUGAAGUUAUUGGUGGAAUUUGUUUUAGACCUUAUUUUGAGCAAAGGUUUGCAGAGAUUGCUUUUCUUGCUGUAAAAUCCACUGAACAAGUCAAAGGUUAUGGUACACGUAUUAUGAACCAUCUGAAGGAGCAUGUAAAAAAGUCAAAUAUCGAGUAUUUCCUAACGUAUGCCGAUAAUUUUGCCAUUGGCUAUUUCAGAAAACAAGGGUUCUCACAAAAGAUAUCCAUGCCAAAGGAACGUUGGUUUGGCUAUAUCAAGGAUUACGAUGGAGGUACACUUAUGGAAUGCUAUAUUUCCCCCAAUAUAAACUAUUUAAGGCUUAGUGAUAUGCUGGGUAAACAAAAGGCAAUUAUAUCCCAAUGCAUAGAAGCCAUCAAGCCUUUGAAAGUGUACGAUGGAUUAACAUUCUUCAAGGAAAACCCGGGUAUUACUAUAAAUCCGAGAGAUAUUCCAGGUUUAGUAGAGGCUGGAUGGACUGACGAUGUUGUACCAAGCAGCAAACAUGGACCAGAUUCUCAUGCUGGCGCUGAUGAUCCCGAUGGUAAGAAGACGCUGAAGAACGCUAUACUGGACCUUUUGAAUAACCUUGAGAAACAACAAAGUUCUUGGCCCUUCAGAAAGCCCGUAAAGCAAUCGGAAGCUCCGGAUUAUUACGAUAUCAUCAAAAACCCUACGGAUAUAUCUACAAUGAAAAAGAAGGCAAAGAAUGGAGAAUAUAAAACCAAAUCACAAUUCGGAGAAGAACUCAAACGCAUGUUCGAUAACUGUAGGAAAUAUAACACACCUCAUACCAUCUAUUACAAGUAUGCUAAUGAGCUACAAGCGUUCAUUUGGCCACAAUAUGAGAACAUUCAAGAGUGAAUUUAAUCGUGCAUACAACUA